AUCUACAAAUUCACUACAAUGGCUGACCAAGAAGUUUUAGUUUUGAGAGGCACCCUCGAGGGCCACAACGGUUGGGUUACUUCCCUUGCCACCACUCCAGCUCACCCAGAUCUUUUGCUUUCUGGUUCCAGAGACAAGACCUUGAUCAGAUGGAAGUUGACUGGCGGUGAAGACAACCAAUACGGUGUCCCAAAGAAGUCCUUCAAGGGUCACUCUCACAUUGUCCAAGAUGUCACCAUCUCUGCUGACGGUGCUUACGCUUUGUCUGCCUCUUGGGAUAAGACUUUGCGUUUGUGGGACUUGGAAACCGGUGAAUCCACCAAGAGAUUCGUCGGCCACAAGGGUGACGUUUUGUCCGUCUCCAUUGCCAAGAACUUGAGACAAAUUGUCUCUGCUUCCCGUGACAAGACCGUCAAGGUCUGGAACACCAUUGGUGAAUGUAUGCAAACUUUGACUGGUCACUCCGACUGGGUCUCUGCUGUUAGAUUCUCCCCAUCUGACGAAACUUCCACUGUUAUCUCUGCUUCUUGGGAUAAGACUGUUAAGUCUUGGGACUUGAACGACUACAACGUCAACGCUGACUUCAUCGGUCACACCGGUUACGUUUCCUGUAUCACCAUCUCCCCAGAUGGAUCCCUCUGUGCCUCCGCUGGUAAGGACGGUGUCAUCAUCUUGUGGGACUUGAACUCAAACAAGACUUUGUACACUUUGGCUGCUUCUUCUGAAGUCCACGCUCUUGCUUUCUCUCCAAACAGAUACUGGUUGGCUGCUGCCACCGCUUCCGGUAUCAAGAUCUUCAACUUGGAAGAAAGAACCUUGUUGGAUGAAUUGAAGCCAGAAUUCGCCAUUGGUGCUAAGGCCAAGGACCCAGAAGCCAUCUCUUUGGCCUGGUCCGCUGACGGUCAAAACUUGUUCGCUGGUUACACCGACAACGUCAUCCGUGUCUGGCAAGUUAUGACCUCUUCCGCUUAAAUAGUUUAGAGGUGAUAAUAAUACGUGU